UACGGCACUUCCCAUCCAACGUGGGCUGUGGAUGUGGCAAAGCAAAGCACCGCCAGUCCGGCUGCUACGUGUCUCCUGCUGUGCACUCGCUGGUGUAGUUGUGGUUGGGUUUUAUAGAUUUUCACACUGACAGCUGUCCUUAAGUGUCAGAGCCAUGUUUGCCAGGCUGGCCUUGUGCUCUCGCCUGCCAUCCAGAAUCCGGCAGUCCAAUGGAUGUCCGGCCUCCAUCAGAGCGUAUUCCCAGGUUAAAUUCCCACGUCCCCAUGGGAAGUCUUUUGCCCACCGCAGUGAGUUAAAGCAGGCCAAACGCAUUGUAGUGAAGCUGGGGAGUGCUGUUGUGACGCGGGAUGAGUGCGGCCUGGCACUGGGACGACUGGCCUCAAUAGUAGAGCAGGUGGCCGUGCUGCAGAAUCAGGGCAGGGAGAUGAUGAUUGUCACCAGUGGAGCUGUGGCGUUUGGGAAGCAGAGACUGAGACAUGAGAUCCUGCUGUCUCAGAGCGUCAGACAAGCCUUGCAUUCUGGACAGAACCAACUCAAAGACAUGUCAGUUCCAGUCUUGGAGGCAAGAGCAUGCGCAGCUGCUGGACAGAGCGGUCUGAUGGCGUUGUAUGAAGCUAUGUUCACCCAGUACAGCACCUGCACUGCACAAAUUCUGGUCACCAACUUGGAUUUUCACGAUGAGCAGAAGCGUCGCAACCUGAACAGCACGCUCCAUGAACUGCUGCGGAUGAACAUCGUUCCUAUCAUCAACACCAAUGAUGCUGUUGUUCCGCCCCCUGUUCCCAACAGUGACCUGCAGGGGGUUAAUGUAAUCAGCAUCAAAGAUAAUGACAGCCUGGCUGCACGGCUGGCUGUUGAAAUGAAAGCAGACCUCCUUAUUGCCCUGUCUGAUGUUGAAGGCUUAUAUGACAGUCCCCCAGGAACAGAUGAUGCCAAGCUCAUUGAUAUUUUCUAUCCUGGAGACCAGCAGUCAAUCACGUACGGCACCAAGUCCAGAGUCGGCCUUGGCGGCAUGGAGGCCAAGGUGAAAGCAGCCCUUUGGGCACUGCAGGGUGGGACGUCAGUUGUCAUUGCCAACGGCACACAUCCCAAAGUCACAGGUCACGUCAUCACAGACAUUGUGGAAGGGAAGAAAGUUGGCACCUUUUUCUCUGAAGUGAAACCUGCAGGUCCAACUGUGGAGCAGCAGACAGAGAUGGCCCGGCAUGCAGGCAGGACUCUGGCCUCCCUGCUCCCUGAACAGCGAGGGGAGAUCAUCUGUUGUCUUGCUGAGCUGCUCACAGAGAAGAAAGAGGAGAUUCUCAGUGCCAACAAGAGAGACAUGGAGUUAGCCAUAGCAUCAGGUCGUUUCUCCCAGCCUAUGAUCAACCGCCUGAGCCUAUCAACUGCUAAGCUGAACAGCCUUGCCAUUGGCCUCCGUCAGCUUGCUGUAUCCUCCAGAGAUAGCGUGGGUCGGGUGCUGAGAAGGACCAGGGUAGCCAACAACCUAGAGCUCGAACAGAUCACUGUCCCCAUUGGUGUCCUGCUGGUCAUCUUUGAGUCGCGUCCUGAUUGUCUCCCACAGGUGUCAGCUCUGGCCAUUGCCAGUGGAAAUGCUUUGCUUCUGAAGGGGGGUAAAGAAGCUGCAAACACCAAUAAAAUUCUACAUCAACUUACACAAGAAGCACUUUCCAUUCAUGGAGUAGCAGAUGCAAUUCAACUGGUAAGCACACGGGAAGAAGUUGAAGAUCUGUGCAGACUAGACAAGUUGAUCGACCUCAUCAUCCCAAGGGGCUCAUCCAAGCUGGUCCGAGACAUCCAGAGGGCAGCCAAGGGUAUUCCCGUUCUGGGCCACAGUGAGGGUGUCUGUCACGUCUACGUAGACAGCGAGGCCAGCAUAGACAAAGCCAUUGAUGUUGUCAGAGACUCCAAAUGCGACUACCCCGCGGCCUGCAAUGCCAUGGAGACCCUCCUUAUUCACAGAGAUUUACUGCGAACCCCUAUAUUUGACCAGAUCAUUGAUAUGCUAAGAACAGAACAUGUAAAGAUCCAUGCAGGCCCCCGGUUUGCAUCCUAUUUGACUUUCAGCCCAUCUGAGGUGAAGUCUCUGAGGACAGAGUAUGGGGACCUUGAGUGUUGCAUUGAGGUGGUAGACAGCAUGCAGGAUGCGGUGGACCACAUCCACAAAUACGGCAGCUCCCACACUGAUGUCAUUGUUACAGAAAAUGAAGAGACGGCCGAACAGUUUCUGCAGCAGGUGGACAGCGCCUGCGUAUUCUGGAACUCCAGCUCUCGCUUUGCAGAUGGUUACCGGUUUGGCCUAGGAGCUGAGGUUGGUAUCAGUACUGCACGGAUACAUGCCAGAGGUCCAGUGGGUUUGGAGGGGCUUCUGACCACCAAAUGGGUCCUUAGAGGGGAAGGGCACACUGUGUCUGACUUCUCUGAGCAAGGCAGUAUGAAAUACCUUCAUGAAAACAUCCCUGUUCCCCAAGGGAGCUUUAGUUAGGUGCCCAACCAAAGAACCAUCGACCGGAAUCAAGAUAACUGAUGUCUGCAGAGUUUAUUUAAAGGUUUGUGUCUGCCAGUAGCACUUCAUGUUUUUAGCUGCUGCUUCAUCGUUUACUGGACAGCCAAGUCCCUGGUUUUGUGAACCUGUGCAUAAACCUGUGAAUCAGUUUUAAGAUAAAUGCGUAUCUCAUGAGAAAGUGUUGUAACGUGACUGAUGAGAGGGAAAAGUAUUAUGGUAAAAAGAAAAAAUAAACUAUGUACAUGCGUUUCUCUUCCUCUAUAAGGUCAUUUUUAUGGUGGCAGAAAAAAAGAAAUGAAUUGCCCAGCUGCAAUUUUCUAACUUAUUUUUCUACAUACAAACUCUCCCGUGGUCUUUUUGUAAUUUACUCUAAGUGUUGUUUGUGCAGGAUCUUGGUUCAGAUUAAUUUUGCUGUCCUUCCUCUUUGCACAGAUAAUUUAAUAAAUAUGCUGUACAGUUCUUCCACUCA